AUGCUCGAGCAAAACUGUGUCGACGAGACACAGGAGACUCUUCCUGUCAUCGCCGGGCCACAAGAUGACGAUACGACCAUGGAUGGCGCCAUCGCCCCUGCUGCUCCUGCUGUCAGUGACAACAACGCCGACAUGAUAACAGAACUCCAGGGACAGCUGGCUGCCUCCGUUGCCCGAGUCUCGGCUCUGGGUAGCGAGGUGGCCUUUGUCAACGCUGCCCUGGAGAGCAAGCAGGGCGAAUUCGAAAUGCUGGCGCACCAGGUCCAAGCCGAACGUGCCGAUCUUAUGCAGCAAUUCGACGCAUCCCUCGCGGCUGCUAUAGAGCAGCGGGUUGCGGAGUAUGUGCACAAGAUCAACGAUCUCUCCACACGGGAACGAGCGCUUACAGAAGAAGUGCAGCUGUUGAAAAAGUACCAGGAGAAAAUGCAAGGUACGACAGUCGAGAAGGCGGUCCUUGAAAACUCCGUGGUAAAGGUCAUGGAACAGGAAGCACUGAUCCAUGACCUUCAGCAACAGCUGCACUUGGCAAACCAACGGGUUAGCCUGGCUCCAGACGAGCGACUGGUUCACGAGAACGCCCAGCUUCGCACGAAGGUGCAAGCUGCCAGGCAGACGGAACGAGGAUACGUCGAAAGACAGAUCCGUUUCACCAACCAGGUCCAAUCGCUGGAGUCAGAGCUUCUCCGAGCCCGACAAGCCCUGAGCAACGCCAACGCCACCAAGACAACGAAAACCCCUGUCGAGACAGCUCCAGCGACGCCCGACGAGGAGGUCGCGUUGCUGGAGAAAAGGGUUGAGACGUUGAAAGAGGCGAUAAAGAAGAAGGACAAGGAGUAUAAAACACUCCAAGACUUUAACGAGAAGCUCCAGAGCUCCAUCUACCAGCUGGGCCAGCAGCUACAGAGGUCCGACUCUCUAGUUGUUGGCCUGCAUGGGGCUCAAGGGCAAGGGCAAGGGUUUGCCGCUGCAAGCAGCACAGGGGGUUCGACGCGCCCAAAACCAGAGAAGAGAUGUCGAAACGACGCAGUGGAUGCCAACGACGAGGCGUCCAAGAAGAAGAACAAGGGCGAGGAGUAA